GUGUAAAACCCAAGGAACCCACAUCUCCGCACGUGGCUGGCCAUGGAAGGGCAGCGGAGAUCGCUCUCUAGCUAACUUCUUAUCAAUAAAAUCUCUCUCUCUCUCUCAGUAAAUUAAAAAACUACAAAAUUCUUAUAUCUCUUUCUUCUUCUUCUUGAUCCGGUUGCAGAUAAUUAUCAACAUAAGACCCGACCCGGAUCCGAAUUGAGUAGAGAUGUCCGCUGCCAUUGCUACUGUUGCUGCUCUCGCUCUUCCAAUCUCCUUUUCUCGCUCUUCUAAGAUUAGCAGCAAAAGGGGCAUGGGAGGUGGAUUUAGGGUAUUUGCUAUAAUUGGGGAGGAAGGUGGAUCGAUAGAGAGAAAGAAACCUUGGAAUACACUGUUUGAAGUAGAAGAUCCGAGGUCUAAACUUCCCCGAUACGAUGGCAAGUUCUUGGAUGCAUAUCAAGCUCUAGAGGUGGCUCGAUACGAUAUACAAUACUGCGAUUGGAAGGCUCGACAAGAUGUCCUCGCGAUCAUGCUCCUACAUGAAAAGGUUGUGGAAGUAUUAAAUCCUCUUGCUCGUGAGUUCAAAUCGAUAGGAACGCUCAAAAAGGAACUUGCAGAGCUGCAGGAUGGACUAGCUCAAGCUCACAAUCAGGUGCAUAUAUCAGAAGCAAGGGUUUCCACUGCAGUGGACAAGCUAGCUUACAUGGAAACAUUGGUUAAUGACAAGAUAUUGCAAGAAAGAAACGCACCCGAAGAUGAUGUUUCGCCUCCAAGUACUUCCACUGGAUCUGCAGAUAGCAUGAAGAGCAGACAGACACGAAGAAGCCUCAAUGUCUCUGGCCCCGUCCAGCCAUACAGUCCCCGUCUGAAGAAUUUCUGGUACCCUGUUGCCUUCUCUGCAGACCUGAAGGAUGACACAAUGAUCCCAAUGGAUUGCUUUGAGGAAUCUUGGGUUCUUUUUCGAGGAAAAGAUGGCAAACCUGGUUGCGUGCGGAACACUUGUGCCCACCGGGCAUGCCCUCUUGACCUUGGCUCGGUUCAUGAGGGCCGUAUCCAGUGUCCUUAUCACGGAUGGGAAUACUCAACUGAUGGGAAAUGUGAGAAAAUGCCAUCUACUAAACUACUCAAUGUGAGAAUCAAGGCAUUACCAUGCUUUGAGCAAGAGGGAAUGAUAUGGAUUUGGCCAGGAGAUGAUCCUCCAACGGCAAACCUUCCGUCUCUGCUACCACCAUCAGGAUUUCAAAUACACGCUGAGAUUGUGAUGGAACUUCCAGUUGAACAUGGACUCUUGUUGGACAACCUCUUGGAUCUUGCACAUGCUCCUUUCACACACACUUCCACCUUUGCAAAGGGGUGGAGCGUCCCAAGCAUGGUGAAGUUCUUGACACCUGCAAGUGGUCUACAAGGUUACUGGGAUCCUUACCCAAUAGACAUGGAGUUCCGGCCACCUUGUAUGGUUCUGUCCACCAUCGGGAUCUCAAAGCCCGGUAAGCUAGAAGGUCAGAGCACGAGAGAGUGUUCGACACAUCUACAUCAACUUCAUGUCUGCUUACCUUCAUCAAGACAGAAAACCAGAUUAUUGUACAGGAUGUCACUCGACUUUGCUCCAAUAUUGAAGUACGUUCCUUUUAUGCAAUACGUGUGGAGACAUUUCGCUGAACAGGUUUUGAAUGAGGAUCUACGGCUUGUACUCGGCCAACAAGAUCGGAUGCUCAAUGGAGCAAAUAUAUGGAAUCUACCAGUUUCAUAUGAUAAACUCGGAGUAAGAUACAGGUUAUGGAGAAAUUCAGUCGAGCAAGGAUACGAGCAAGAACCCUUCAGCAAAUCAUAACACAAAGUUCACCACAGUUUUGAUAUAAUUCCAUUACCCUGCUGCUCUAGCAAAUCAAAUUAUCAGAUUUUAGCUGCAAUGAAUUGUUUGAUUUUGAUCAUCCAAGAAAUUCUGCCAAUUGGAGUAGUUCAAGAGCAAAAAUUAACAGCCAAAAUAGUCUCAGCUCAUAUUUUGUACAGCUCACUACAGCAAACCUUCCCCCUCCCCUAUCCUGUACUUCAACCCCUCAAAAGCAAGCAACAGAGAGAUCAAAAUUGUGAUGGCUGUAACAAGUGCCAAUGGCAAUUCAUCUACUUUUAUUUUUGAAGAUAAGAAUAAGAUGUAUACUUCCUUCAA